AUGAAUUUGCUCAUUGGCAAUGAAAACGAUAUAAACAAGGCAGAUAAUACACUAUCAACUGCGUUGAUGUUGGCCUCACAGAAUGGGCACACAGGGGUUACUGAACUGCUACUGGAACGUGGAGCUGAUGCCAACGCCCAGAGUGAGGAUAACAAUGCAUUGCGGGCUGCCUCAUUCAAAGGACAUAACAAGAUUGUACGGAUGCUAUUGCAACACGGAGCUGACGCCAAUGUUAAGGGUGGAUGGUAUGGAAAUGCAUUGCAUGCUGCAUCAUCCCGAGGAUAUGACAAGAUUGUACAGAUGCUACUGGAAUGUGGAGCUGAUGUCAAUGUCCAGUGUGGAGAGUAUGGCAAUGCAUUGCAGGCUGCCUCAUCCGAAGGAUAUGACAAGAUUGUGCAGAUGCUAUUGGAACACGGCACUGACAUUAAUGCCCAGGGUGGAAAGUAUGGCAAUGCAUUGCAGGCUGCUUCAUCAGGAGGAUAUGACAAGAUUGUGCAGAUGCUACUGGAACGUGGAGCUGAAGUUAAUGCCCAGGGCGGAGAGAUGUGA